AUGCUUGUUUCCGGUCUGCCGCUGACCUGCAUCGUGAUGGUUUGGACAUUCCUGUGUGUGGGUGUGUGUGAGGCGGGUCCUUCACUCUCUUCCUUUCUGUCUCCACCUCGUGCCUGGAGAGCUUUCGGGGUGGGGAGGGGGCCUCUGUCCCGCUCCUGCGCGUGUGCGACCCGCGUGAGCGAUGCUGGGGGAGGAGGCCCGCAGCCCCUCCCGAGUCACUUGAACCAAAGUGGCGCUGCGCCUUUGCACUGCGGCCCGGGCCGCGCCCCCUCGCUUCCGGGUGCUGCGGUGCAGGGGGCGGGCGCCCGGGGCGGGGCGGGCGCCCGGGGCGGGGCGGGGCGGGGCGGGGCGGUCCUCUCGGGAUUCGGCACUUUAUCAGGACCUGGCGAGGGGAGCGUCUGA